GAAACGGUAAAUGAACGGUAUAAUUAUGUUUAUUGUUAACCGUUUUUCUCUGCAGUACUGUACCCUGCCACAUGGUGUCGCUGUAAGGACAGUUAUACACGUCUAAUGUAUCGUCAACAUCCGGCGACACGUCUCUCCAACACCGCCGAACCGUCUGCUCUGUUUUUAUCCAUUCAAACCUCUCUGGACUUUUCAUUAAGAGGCAAAUGUUGCUUCUUUGAUACUUUCUUUGAGUCUGCCAGGCAGUUUAUAACGUUAGUUAGCCCGCGGCUCUUUAGACAAGCCCAGAGUUUCAGAUGGGGGAGGUGAGGAAGCUGCAGAAGAAGUUGAGACAGAUUGGAAAUCUGGAAAUAAAAAUCAGUCUGACCUCAGAGGAGAGAUUCAAGAUCUCCAGGAAGGAGGAGCUGCGUUCCAGAUUGGCUGAGCUUCAGCUGCAGCUUUCUAGCCCGCAGCAAACUCUGGGGAUUGUGGGAUACGGAAAAAAGGAGAAGAUGAAAAGACAAGUGGAGGAUGCCCCUGAGGCCCUUCCAUCACAAACGCCUCCAGCCUCCAAGAUCCUUAGGGGAGAAGAGGAGUCCAAAGCUCAAGCAACGCCAGCGCCGGCUGCCAGGCAGAGGGUAACAGGAGGGGGAGCAGAGAUAGGCAGACAGCGGGAAAGGACAGAGCCGGCCAAGGUGUCAGAUCAGUGCCGAGACCAAUCAAGAAGCUGCCCUGACUCUGACACGGAGCAGCAACUGCAGCAAGAAGAGGCUGAAUUUGCAUCCCUCAAAUCGUCUUGGGAGAAGGCAAAGUUUCGCUUGAGGCUGUUGGAGGGUCACAACGACAUAGUCACCUGUGUGGUUGCUGUUGACAACCUGGUGGUUUCUGGAAGCCGAGACACGACAGUUAAGGUGUGGCAUGUUCCCACUGCAACGGAGCACAAGAACUUGGGGGGUCACACUGGGGGGGUCACCUGUCUGUCUGCGCCUCCCCCUGAGUACUGCAAGAGGCUGGCCUGGUCCCUGUCUUUGUCCGACAAGGAGAGGUUUAUUUUGAGUGGCUCUGCAGACUGCUAUGUGAAGAUCUGGGCCUUGAGCAUUGGGCAGUGUGUAAAGUCUAUCUACACGUUCAACGCUGUGACUGCGCUCUGCUUUGUGCCAGAGGAAGACGGCUACAUCAUCACCGGAUCAGACGGAGGGAAAGUUCAAGCCUGGAGCUGGCACACUUUCGAUAACUGCCAGUCAAUCAACGCUCACCGGGAAGCAGUCACCUCCAUCCAGUCUCAGGGUCCGCUGGUGUUCAGUGCCUCGGCCGAGGGAGGGGUGUCUGUGUGGGAGAACCGGUGUUCGGCUCGAGACCCCCUGAGGCUGCUGCAUCACUGGGACGGACAGGUCACGGGCUGCGGAGGGGGUCCGGAGGGGCGCCUGACCCUCAGCCCGCGGGGAGACAGAGUGUUCCUGGCUUACGGUCGAGCCUGGCUCAAGAUCCUGCACUGGAGGACCGGAGCCAUGUCCAGACUGACCAAUCACAACAGCAUCACCGGAGUAACAGAUUGUGUUCACCAGACAGGAGGCCUCCUAAUUGGCUCCUGCUAUGAUCUGGCGAAUGGAGAGACCUCGCUAAAUUUAUUCUCGCUGCCUCAGUGUCGGUACUUGGCCUCUCUGACCUGGCCCGAUGCUCCCAGAAUCCUCUGUUUUGCCGCUUGGACUACAGGGAGCGGAGACCACCGGUGGGUCACUGGAGGUCACAACCUCAUUGUAUGGGAGCAGCUCCCCAGAUCUGGAAAGCAGAGGGGUGAUGUCACAGUGAGGAGAGACAGCCGGCUGGAGUCCUGUCUGCUGGAGUCAGAGGGAGACACAGAAGAUGACGAGGAGACUGACGAUUAUGACGAUGAUGAUGAUGACAACGGUGAAGGAAAAGACAGCCGGUCCACAGAGGAUGGAGGGUCCGGCUCCUGGUUUCGCUGCGUUCUCCAGUGAGUGCUGGUUUCUCAUGCUGAGGACAUCACGGCCUGGAGCCAUGAAGAGGAAAUGAGAGGGAGGGAGUGACAGCGAGGGAGGGUGCAGGGGAGUGAAGUGUGACAGACUGAGUGUCAGAGUCAUAAGGAGGGGGGGGGGGGGGUUGUAUGGAUGCAGACAGCAAGUAUGUGUAUAUGUAUGCGUGAGUGAUAGGCUGAUUGUUUUCUAUGUAAAUAUUAUAUCCACAUGAAAUAAAGCUGUCAUCCUGUGACUCUCACCUCCAAAUUUGCAUCUCUUGUUGUCUCU